AUGCGAUCUUCGUUGUUUCGCUUCAUUGUGCUGGCGAUAGUUGUGACUGUGAAUGCGGGUUAUGUGAAGGAGAUCGCACGUCGCUAUCGACCUCGUAAUCAUACUCCGCCUCGAGAUUCAAAUGACACCGAGCAGCAGUUUGCUAAUGGAACGUUGAAUUUUCCAACCAAUGUCGACACGGCAAUGUGUGGUGAGCCGAAAUUUGCCGAUUUUAUAGACUCAGGUUUACGACAUUAUCAGCAUGAUAUGGGUCAACUCAGCAAAUACAUUCUCGAUCAGAUCGUACGUGCCCGUUACUGGGGGAACUACGUGGUCCAUGCACAAAUGAUUGGAAGCAGCCGUCAGGGUUUGGACUGGCAAACACUGACGAACAGUGAUAUAUUUCAACAUCUGAACAAACACAAUUGCUACUAUCAUGACACUCAAACUUACAUCCUCAUUCUACGUAUCGUUACUUAA